UUCCGGCUUGCGAGGCGGAGCUAAAACAUCAACGUAGAAGAAGAAGAAAAACAGCGUCCUGCGGCGGUGAGCUGAUGGCUGCAGUCUAACAAAGAGGGAAAAAACUGCUAUCUCUGACACCUGCCUCUCUCUCCCUGGCAGCAUCUGACAUGCUACUCCAAAGUCCCCACUGACCUGAACUCGCUGUCCCCAGACCAGCCGUGACAGGACAGCAGGACACAGAUCAGGUUUGUCAUGGCCGCUCGACAGCAGAGACCUGCAACAGAAGACUCAGCUGAGGCCAAAAGGACAGAUAUGAGGGCCACUGAGAAGAAGUGCUCUUGGGCUUCCUACAUGACCAACUCUCCCACUGUGAUAGUGAUGAUCGGGUUGCCUGCUCGGGGAAAAACCUACAUGUCCAAGAAGCUGACACGCUACCUCAACUGGGUUGGAGUGCCAACGAAGGUAUUUAAUCUUGGAGUUUAUAGGAGAGAAGCAGUAAAGUCAUACAAGUCCUAUGACUUCUUCAGACAUGACAAUAAAGAAGCAAUGCAAAUUAGAAAACAGUGUGCCCUGGUGGCACUUCAGGAUGUCAAGGCCUAUCUGAAUGAGGAGGGAGGUCAGAUCGCUGUCUUUGAUGCCACCAACACCACCAGAGAGAGGAGGGAACUCAUCCUUAAUUUUGCAAAGGAUAAUGCAUACAAGGUAUUUUUUGUCGAAUCAAUAUGUGAUGACCCAGACGUCAUCGCUGAAAAUAUUCUGGAUGUGAAGGUUUCCAGUCCAGAUUAUCCUGAGAGGGACAGAGAAAGUGUCAUGGAGGACUUUCUGAAGAGAAUAGAAUGUUAUAAAGUGACCUACCAGCCUUUAGAUCCUGAUGAACACGACAAGAACCUGUCCUUCAUUCAGGUCAUCAACGUUGGCCGUCGUUUCUUGGUCAACCGGGUGCAGGACUACAUCCAAAGUAAGAUAGUCUACUACCUCAUGAACAUCCAUGUCCACUCCCACUCCAUCUACCUCUGUCGCCAUGGAGAGAGCCAUCACAAUCAGGAAGGACGCAUCGGGGGCGACUCAGAACUAUCAGAGAGAGGGAAACAGUUUGCAGAAGAACUGAAGGGUUUUGUGGAAGAGCACCGACUGACGGACCUGAAGGUUUGGACCAGCCAGCUGAGACGUACCAUUCAGACAGCAGAGGAGCUGGGCGUCCCCUACGAGCAGUGGAAGAUCCUUAAUGAAAUAGAUGCUGGAGUGUGUGAAGAGAUGACCUAUGAGAUGAUCGAGGAAAAGUACCCAGAGGAGUUUGCCAUGAGAGACCAGGACAAGUAUCACUACCGCUACCCUGGAGGAGAGUCCUACCAGGACCUGGUCCAGCGGCUGGAGCCAGUCAUCAUGGAGCUGGAGCGGCAGGGCAACGUUCUGGUCAUCUGUCAUCAGGCCGUCAUGCGCUGCUUACUCGCUUAUUUCCUGGACAAGGGCGCAGAUGAUCUGCCGUACUUGAAGUGUCCCCUGCACACGAUCCUAAAGCUCACCCCUGUGGCUUAUGGUUGUAAAGUGGACAUGUUUGACCUGAAGGUGGAGGCUGUCAACACUCACAGGAACAGACCAUUUGAACUCCAACAAACAGAGAGGCCUCCAGCAGAACCAGGUUCGGAGGGGGUGGACAUCUGCCUCGACCAGUUAGGAAUAAAGCCCGACCGGACGCUGUGCCACCAGCUUUCCUCCGAAGGAACAGUUUCACUCCUCUAUCCAGCCAAGACCAGAUUAAACGGCCUCGGCUGUACAGCGUCGGUAACCCUCCACAUGCUCGUAUGUCGCAGGCCCCCACUUUACCCAGCAUGCAAUUCUCUGAGGCGUCUGAGGGGACAGAAUUGCUACAAGGCGAGAUUUCUUCCUCCUUCUGACGCUUUGUUUACGCUCACAGCUACUCGAACAGUCAUGAGGACCAUCGGCUGGAAUAUUCUCACUUUUGCUUUUGCCUUGACCUCAGCUCAGGGACCAAAGGAAUGCUCCUCCCCGCUGGAAUAUCCAAACAUCAGACUGUUCAGCAGAUACAGCAGCAGGAACAAGUUCAGCAGCGGAGACAAAGUUUUUUAUAACUGCGCAGAAGGUUUCACUCCAUCCACAGGCAGCCCAGUUGUGGCGUGUAAAGGAGGAACCUGGACCAGACUCACUCUGAAGUGCGAAAGGAAGUCCUGUGGAUAUGCUGGUGAUCUACUCCAUGGGCAGCUCCACUAUGAGGGGAAUUCAUACCUUGGGGAGAAAGUUUAUGCUACAUGCAAUGAGGGAUACACUCUGAAAGGACAGAACUACAUGAUUUGCCAGGCGUCUGGGUGGACCGGUGAAUUCCCAACUUGUGAAGGGAAGCCUUGUGGUUCUGCAGGAGAGAUUGUAAAUGGACGCUUUGUUUAUUCUGGAGUAGAGUUUGGAGACACUGCCACAGCCGUCUGUGAUGAGGGGUACAUUCUUGUAGGAGAAGUAAGAAGAAACUGCAUGAGUAAUGGCUGGGAUGGACGUAUUCCUGUUUGUGAAGCUGUGGAUUGUGAUGACCCACCAGUGGUGACGAAUGCAGAAAUGAAAGGCCCUCAGGAGCCACCUUACAACUACAGGACUGUGAUUAGCUACCAGUGUCGUGUGGGAACCCUCAUUGGGCAAAAGGAGAUUAACUGCACCAAGAAUGGGACGUGGAGUACACCUCCAGAAUGCCACGAAAAUAUAUGUCUACCGCCAAAUGUGACCAACGCCUUCUGGAUGAGAGCUCAGAACCAGUUCUUCCAGCACCAGGACACCAUAUUAAUCGAGUGUAGACGUGGCUACGUGAUGAACGGACCGAACUCCAUUACUUGUAAUAAUGAUGACCAAUGGUAUCCCCGUCUACCUGAAUGUCAAGAAAUUUUAUGUCCACCGCCAAAUGUGGCCAACGCCUUCUGGAGAGCUCAGAAUCAGUUCUUCCGGCACCAGGACACCAUAUUAAUCGAGUGUAGACUUGGCUUCAUGAUGAAGGGACCGAACUCCAUUACUUGUAAUAAUGACGGCCAGUGGAUCCCCCGUCUACCUGAGUGUCGACGCAGACCACGUCGUCAGCCAUACAGGAGGGGAUAAAAUGCCAGCUGAAACAUGGCAGCACUAUAUUCAGUCAAUCCUGAUGAAACUAUUCAACAGCAACAAGUGGAGGAUGAAAAUAAUCUGAUUGUCUCUAAACUAACAAUAGAUUCCUUCCAAAAUGACUAUUCUUAAAAAAAAAAAAAAAAACCUUUAAUAAUGCACUGUGAUAUAUUACGCCUCUACAACCUGUAUAUCAUCAUUAUAUCAUAAUACAGACAUUAAAAUAUGUUUGAGAUGAA